CCAGCCUACUAACAGUGACGUUCAUAAUAUUGUAAUAUUGUGGAAAAGGCCGUAUCAGGUGUCAGUUACUAGCAUUCACCUUAAAUUUAAUAAUAAGUAUAUAUACAUUUAUAAAUAUAGUAAUAUUAUAUUAAAGACAUGUACUGUAUUAUUGCGACAAUCGUAGCUAUCGCCUAUAUAUUAUGGGAUGUUAAUUAUUUCUUACGUAUUGCCUUUACUAUAGGAAUUGGAAGAUUGUUUUCGAAAAAGUGUGGUGUUAAUGACACCACAACUAUUUAUGGUUUUUGUACAACACAAGAUGUGGACAUAUUCCUCAGGCAUAUGAAUAAUGCUCGAUACGUACGAGAGCUGGACUUUGCGAGAUUUCAUUUUUAUGACCGCACUGGUAUCUAUACAAAUAUAAAAGCAGUUGAUGGACACGCACUUCAAGGAGCCUCCAGUAUACGCUACAGGCGAACUAUUCCAAUUUUUACUGCGUAUAAGGUGGAAACAAAGUUAGUUUACUGGGAAGAUAAAACCUUGUUCAUAGAACAAAAAUUUAUAACGCUAAGCGACGGCUUUGUGCGUGCCGUUGUACUCUCAAGACAAAAUCUUGUUAACGUUGACGCAGCGACACUUUUCAAAGGUAUACCAGGCGCUGAUAGAAAACCAGAAUGUCCCGAAGAAAUUAAACAUUGGCUCCAAGCUAUUGAGGUCUCGAGUGCUAAACUUAGGAAGAAAGAUUAAUAAUAUUUUGUAAUUAACAUUAUCAUGGUAAAAAUAAUAUAAAUUAUUUUUGUACUUAUUUUUUAAAUAAAAGGUUGUGGUUAAUCAUUA